UAUCUCUCUCUUUCUCUCUUCGGGAACCCUUCAAGACCAGCUUCCAGACGACAAGACGAGCGGUGGUGGUGUGAGAUCUCGCAUCUUGACCUGGUCGGAUUAACCGCACCGUGACGUUCCGCGCUGACUAUAGAACUUCAGAGCAGACCUCCCAUCUCGCUAGGUACAACAAAGACAGCGAUGCUCGAGACGGCACUUGAAGCAUAACCACGAGCAAACACCUCGUACAGCAAACGCCGGCGACCAGACUGCGAAACGGCCGACGCCUGUGUAGCUCUCGAGACAAUCGCGCGGUGGGACUGACUGACGGGCGUCCACCUGCCAUGUGCAACCUCCUCUUGAAGUCAACGUGUCUCGGCUUGUCUUUGCUGGCCGUGCUGUGUCUGGCCGGAAGGGUACCUGUCUUGCAAAGGCCCAAGGUGUACGGAGACAAGUUGUCCAAGCGGAGUUUAGACCCCUACUACCGCCCCGUGCGCAAGAGAAUCACCCUCUACCACAACUUCUUCCGAACACGUGUGGAUCCGCCGGCCAGCGACAUGCUCGAAAUGACGUGGCACAAGGGAGCUGCGGCGGACGCUCAACGCUGGGCACAGGCAUGCCAGCUACUCAUUCAUGAUAACGCCACGGGCCGCUGGGUUGAAGAUUACGGAUCUUGUGGGCAGAACAUCUUCGUGUCAAAUGUAAAGGUACCCUGGUUUUUUGCCAUCAAAAUAUGGUUCCUUGAACACCACAACUUCUCGUUUGGAGACAACAGCAACAACAUUCCCUCCAUGGUCGGCCACUACACGCAGAUGGUCUGGUACAGUUCCCACAAGGUCGGCUGCGGUUUCCAUUACUGCGGCCGGAAUGUAGCCAAGAAGCCCUACUACAACUACGUUUGCAACUACUGUCCCAUAGGGAAUUAUCCCGAGCGGUUCGCCAAACCGUAUUCUCGAGGCAAGCCUUGCAGCAAAUGCCCCGGUCAUUGCCGCUCGAAGAAGCUGUGCACCAACUCCUGCGAUCACGCCGACUUCUGGGUGAACUGCCGCGAGAUCGCCAGACACUGGCGAAGCUGGCUGUGCGGGAACUCGACUCAGGAGCAGUACAAAGCGUGCCGAGCCACAUGCACCUGCCAGAAACAAAUUCGAUGAUCUCCAACCAUCAACUGGCUCUCUUCUACGGAGUCAGAACGACUGCGGAUCAACGUGCAACACAACGCGCUGUUGCCAGUCCUUAGAAAAUGAGCGUUAUCUCCACGUUCGCGAUGAACUGUGCGUCUUCGAAUAGUUGCCAAAACAUCGAAUAAUAAUUAUUAAAGAAAAAAAAAACAUA